AUGAUGGGUAAAACCAUUCAGGAUCCUGACAUGGACCCGUUAGUUGCAAAUAGCAGCAAGUCACAAUUUUUGCACUUUGAAUCCUGCCAGUCGUCUCUUCCUGCUGUCUUCUUGCUCAUCACAGCUUACGCGAUAGUCACACUGAUGGGACUUCUUGGCAACCUUUGCCUGAUUGUUAUUAUUGGGAAACAGAAAGAGAACCAAAACGUCACCAACAUUUUGAUUGCCAAUCUCUCUGUAUCUGAUAUCUUCAUUUGUGUCAUGUGCAUUCCUUUCACUGUUGCCUACACUUUGAUGGAUUACUGGAUAUUUGGAGAAGCCAUGUGUAAAAUAACUGCUUUUGUACAAAGUAUGUCUGUCACUGUUUCUACAUUCUCACUUGUAUUGAUUGCUGUCGAGAGGUAUCAGUUAAUUGUGAACCCGCGUGGUUGGAAGCCCAAUAUUUCUCAUGCCUUCUGGGGAAUUCUCUUCAUUUGGGCCUUUUCUCUAAUAACAUCAACUCCCUUUUUUAUAUUCCACCAAGUCACUGAUGAUCCCCUUAGAAACCUUUCUUCCCACAGCGAUAUCUAUACGAACAAAGUUGUCUGCAUUGAGAUGUGGCCUUCCAUUGGAGAGCGGCUUGGCUUUACCACUACCACUUUAGUUUUCCAGUAUUUCUUCCCACUAAUUUUCAUUUUCAUCUGUUAUCUAAAGAUAUUUGUAUGUCUGAGGAAGAGGCAUGGUAAAGUGGAUAAGAUAAGAGAGAAUGAGAGCAGACUAAAUGAGAGCAAAAGGAUUAAUGCUAUGCUGAUUUCAAUAGUUGUGACCUUUGGGGCAUGUUGGUUACCCCUGAACGUAUUUAACAUUGUGUUUGACUGGAACUACCAGGCCCUGAUGAAUUGCCACCAUGAUGUGGUCUUUACCUUGUGCCACUUGGUAGCCAUGAUCUCGACAUGUGUCAAUCCAUUCUUCUAUGGAUUCCUUAACAAGAAUUUUCAAAAGGAUUUGGUCAUUCUGCUUCAAAACUUGAGAUGCUUUGAAUCUCAAAAGGUAUAUGAGAACAUUGCCCUUUCGACUCUGAACACUGAUGAGUCAAAGGGCUCUUUGAAACUGAACAAUGUGGUAGCAAAUGUCUGA